UUUUCUUCAAAAACAAAACUGAAUCGUGCCCCUACUCCUUUCAUGGAUUCAUUAUUACACAACAACACCUUCACUCCCUCCUCUUCUCCUCUCUAAACCUUCUCCUCCGUUAGGGUUUUCUUCCCAGAGAACAACCAGAGCUCGGAAGGAAGGAGCUACCGGAAUCAGAAUCGUAGGGUUUUCUCGGUCUUCAUUUCAAUUCCUCUCAGGUGGUUGGUGAUUCGUCAGAAUUGGCUCUCGAUUGAAGUUUCUCCAGGUAAGUUUAGUUUUUGCGAGCUACUGAGAGAGCUGUUUCGAGGCGGCGAAUGUAGUGUGUAGUGGUUUAUGAAUGAUUGUUGCAAUGGAUUUGAAUGCCUUACCUGAUGACGAGGAAGAGACUUAUUAUGAACAAGAAUACAAUGCCCCGCAAGAACACAUAGAAUCUGGAGUGGAUAUAUUACGCCGGGAGCGUGAAGAAAGACGUAAGCGAAUUAAACGAGACCGUCCAGAUGACAGAUCAGUGCCUGCAUAUCAACCCCCUGCAUAUGAAUCAUAUCAAGCAAAAUUUUCCAAUGUCGAUAAAUCAAGGCUUCCUUCUGGUUGGUUGGAUUGCCCGUCAUUUGGUCAAGAAAUAUGUUGCAUGAUACCUUCUAAGGUGCCAUUAGAUGAAUCCUACAAUGAUUGUGUUCCUCCUGGUAGAAGAUACUCUUUUAAACAAGUCAUGCACCAGCAAAGAGUUAUGGGAAGAAAAUUUGGUUUGGUGAUUGAUUUGACAAACACUACUCGUUACUAUCAAACAACAGAUUUGAAGAAAGAGGGUAUUAAGCAUCUUAAGAUUCCGUGCAAGGGACGGGAUUCUGUACCUGACAAUCCUUCUGUUAAUCAGUUUGUAUAUGAGGUUAUGCAAUUCAUGACCAGACAGAAACACACCAAGAAGUUUAUUCUUGUCCACUGCACUCAUGGGCACAACCGCACAGGGUACAUGAUUGUACAUUACCUAAUGCGCACAUCACUGGUUUCAGUCUCCCAGGCCGUAAAAAGAUUUGCUGAUGCACGCCCUCCGGGAAUUUACAAACCCGACUACAUUGAUGCAUUGUACUCUUUCUAUCACGAAAGGAAGCCUGAUAUGGUUGUAUGUCCAUCAACUCCUGAAUGGAAGAGAUCUUCGGAAUUCGAUCUUAAUGGUGAAGCAGUACCAGAUGACGAUGACGAUGAUGAUGAUGGAGGUCCAGUUGCUCCUUUGCAUGAGAAUCAGGAAGCCGAAGGAGUUAUGACGAAUGAUGAUAUCUUGGGCGAUGAGAUACCUCGCGACCAGCAAGAGGCAAUGCGGCAGUUCUGCUAUCAGUCCCUUAAGCUGCCUCCUGGGAAAAGAGGAAACGCACAAUUUCCAGGGUCACACCCAGUUUCUCUCAGCAGGGACAACUUACAGCUGUUGAGGCAACGUUAUUAUUAUGCUACAUGGAAAGCUGAUGGAACAAGAUAUAUGAUGUUAAUAACGAUGGAUGGAUGUUUCUUGAUUGAUAGGAGUUUUAAUUUUAGAAGGGUGCAAAUGAGGUUCCCCUGCAAACACACUAGUGAUUCAGCUGAGAAGGUUCACCACUUCACGUUAUUGGAUGGGGAGAUGGUAAUUGAUACUGUGCCAGAUUCACAGAAGCAGGAGAGAAGAUACCUUAUUUAUGAUAUGAUGGCGAUCAACCAUGUUUCUCUCAUAGAGCGGCCAUUUUAUGAGCGGUGGAAGAUGCUUGAGAAAGAGGUCAUAGAGCCUCGGAAUUAUGAGCGCCAUAAUAUCUACCAAAGUAGGAAUCCUUACUACAGAUAUGACUUGGAACCAUUCAGGGUAAGGAGGAAGGACUUUUGGCUGCUCUCUACAGUUACAAAGCUUCUGAAGGAAUUCAUUCCAAAGCUUUCACAUGAGGCAGAUGGUCUUAUUUUUCAGGGCUGGGAUGAUCCAUAUAUUCCGCGUACACAUGAAGGACUUCUAAAGUGGAAAUAUCCUGAAAUGAACUCGGUGGAUUUUCUAUUUGAGGUUGGUGAAGACAAUCGGCAACUGCUUUUUCUACACGAGUACGGAAAAAAGAAACUGAUGGAAGGAAAUAGGGUUGCAUUCAGAGAUGGUUCAGACGACUCCUCUUAUUCAGGAAAAAUUGUGGAGUGUUCUUGGGACUCUGAAGCAAAUGUAUGGGUCUGUAUGCGUGUCAGAACCGAUAAAUCCACUCCUAAUGAUAUCAAUACAUACAGAAAGGUUAUGAAAAGCAUAAAGGAUAAUAUUACGGAGGACAUCUUGUUGGACGAGAUAUAUGAGAUCAUUCGUCUGCCUAUGUAUGCUGAUAGGAUACGAAAUGAAAGCAAAGCAGCCCAGCAUCAUUUAGCUCGACGAAGGUGACAAAGGGGAAGGUGACAAAGGGGAUGAUGACCAACAUCUGUAAAAAGUUUCUGUUGAACCUGGUAUUGCAAGUCAUUGGGAGUUCUUUUUGCUUAAAGUUGGAGAUAUCAGCUGGUAGACGACAAGGAAGUUGUGUAACUAGCCAAGUUUACCUAUAAGUGGUACCUGAGUGCUGUGCUGGUGAUUGGUAUGAUCCAGUUUGGGACACACCAGAUUGCGCACUGGGAUUAUUGUCAGAUUUCUUUUGGUCAGAUAGUUGAAGUAGGGUUAGUGUCGCCAUGUAUAUUUCUGAUGUUGAUUAUGAUUAUUAAGUUGUUUAAAAGGUA